AAACUCGAACUAACUUCUCAUCUUCACACAAAGAUAUAUACCGCAAUCUCUUUACAAGUCCAUUAUUCAUCCCUAAUCUUUCAUUUUGAAACAAACCUUCCCAUUUUUCUCUAUUCAACCCGCCUUUCAGUUUCCAUUUCAUCUCAUAACACCAAUGGAAAAGCUACAAAAGAUGAUCUCUGAGAAGUCAGUAGUGAUCUUUAGCAAGAACUCUUGCUGCAUGUCACACACAAUCAAAACUCUCUUCCUAGACUUUGGUGUAAACCCAACAAUCUAUGAACUAGACGAGAUCAACAAAGGAAAAGAGAUAGAGCAAGCACUGGCUCAGUUAGGCUGUAGCCCUACAGUGCCGGUGGUGUUCAUAGGAGGACAGCUUGUUGGUGGAGCCAAUCAAGUGAUGACUCUUCAUCUCAAUCGUUCUCUCGUCCCAAUGCUGAAGAGCGUUGGAGCAUUAUGGCUUUGAUUAAAUAUAAGGGAUAUUUGGUUUGAUAAUUAAUAAUGUAAUGAAAGUAAUCAAAGAAUGACGAAAAAUACAUAAUGUAUGCAUGAAUGUUGUCUAUCUAAGUUUUAAGAGGAUAGAUACUGUGGAUACCUAUUUGUAACGUAUGGCUAUAAUUUAAUAAUAUCAUCAGUGUUUAAUUUUUUCUUUUUAUUUUUUAAAACUGAAUUUCCUUUCCCUUUUCCAUGAAAAUAAAUGUGCGUACUUAU